AUGAGCACGCCGAACAAGCGGCGCAAGAAGAAUGACUAUCACUCCUCACCGCAGCCGGUGCGAAGCCUCGACUUCUUCUUCGCGAAGCAGAAGGAGAAGCGCAACGAGGAGGCGGAAGCUGCCAUUACCACCCAGGACCCGAACGGUAUCGCAAAUGGGAAUGGGGAUGUUGGGGUGGGGGUGGAUGAAGAGUUGACCGACGAGCAAUUGGCACGAAAGCUACAGGCGCAGUGGGACGAGCAAGACCGGCUACCACUAGCGGAUGGACGCAACGACGGACCGGUAGCGAACGGGGAUUCGCAUCUUGAUCCAGAGAAGCAGCCGCCAGACAAGGAAGAAGAGGAGCAGGCCGUGGACGUGGCGCCGAAGCACGAGGAGACUGUCGAUAACAUCGAAGACAAGCCCGCAAGCAAUGCCUUCUCUGCUCUGGGUGGGAAGAAGUCCACCCUCUCCCUUCAAUCAGCCACGGCCGAAGAGGACAACACGACGUAUAACGUGCCCUUCGAUCAGUCACCCCUCACGUUUGACCCGCAGACGCAUCUUACCGAACUGAAGAAGCACACACAAUCACGUAUCAAGAUUGUUGACACCCUCGUGAAUCUGCUCCGGACUAUCAUUGAAGGCGACCCGGAGUCACUACUUCCCGCUGUGUGGCUGGCCACCAACUCCAUAGCUCCGCCGUACAUUGACAUUGAACUCGGCCUUGGCGGCUCAGCAAUCUCCAAAGCGCUGAAGAAAGUGUGCGGUCUUGACAAUGCCGCGCUCAAAACACUGUACAACCGACACGGUGAUGCAGGAGACGUCGCCUUCGAAGCGAAGAAGCGGCAAUCGCUUACCCUCCGUAAGCCAAAACCGUUGACCAUCAAGGGAGUCUACGAAGCCCUGCACAAGAUCGCAAAUGCCAAAGGCCACGGCAGUGUAGAAGUGAAGCAACGCAUUGUCGAGCGCCUAGUGCAGGACGCUCGCGGUGCAGAAGAGAGCCGCUACAUCGUGCGCACCCUUGUCCAACACCUCCGCAUUGGCGCGGUAAAGACGACAAUGCUCAUCGCGCUCUCCCGAGCUUUCCUCCUAUCCCGCCCACCAGAUGCAGACUUCCCCAUCAAGCCCACCGCCGAGCUCGGCAAACUCAGCAAGCAGAACCUCGCGGAAGCCUACUCGCCCGGCGAAGAGCUCGUCAAAGCCUCCUUUGCCCGCCGGCCGAACUACAACGACCUCGUGCCUACUUUAUUGUCCGUUGGCAUCAGCGACGAACUGCUCGUCCGUUGUGGUCUGGCCAUGCAUAUUCCUCUGCGACCCAUGCUUGGCGGAAUCACGAGAGACAUGGGCGAGAUGCUCACGAGACUUCAAGGCCGAGACUUCAGCUGCGAAUUCAAGUAUGACGGGCAACGAGCGCAGGUGCAUUGCGAUGCGGCGGGUAAGGUCACAAUCUUCUCCCGCCAUCUCGAGGUGAUGACGGAGAAGUACCCGGAUCUUGUCGCCUUAGUCCCGCAGAUCCGCGGUGAGGGCGUCAGCAGCUUCAUCAUGGAGGGCGAAGUCGUCGCCGUCGAUCGCGCGUCAGGGGAACUGAAGCCGUUUCAAGUAUUGGCCAACAGAGCGAGGAAGGAUGUUGUCAUACAAAGUGUAAAAGUGGACGUUUGUCUCUUCGCUUUUGAUCUGAUGUACCUCAACGGGGAAGAGCUACUCAACCGCAGUUUUCGCGAGAGAAGAAAUCUCCUGCGGAGUCUGUUCGUGGAGAUUCUGAAUCACUUUACCUGGGUUAGGAGUAUGGACGCCACGUCCGCGGACGGAGAGGCUGUGAGCGACUUCUUCAAGCAAGCGACCGAUAUCAAAUGCGAGGGCAUCAUGGUGAAGGUGUUGGACAAUCUCGUCAACCCCGCUCUGGCCGCGGACAUGGACGUGGACGGCAACGACGAGCUGCCCACUCCCGCCAAACCGCCUCCCACGCCCUCCAAACCCAGCAAGAAGAAGAGCGGCGCCAAAGCGAAACCCACCGGCGAAGAUGCAAGCACGGAAGAAAAGAAGGGCGGCCGCCGCAAAGCCCUCCUCGCCACCUACGAACCCGACAAACGUCUCGACUCCUGGCUGAAGGUGAAAAAGGACUACGACACCAGCGCGGCGGACACCAUCGACCUGAUCCCCGUCGGCGGCUGGCACGGGCAAGGGCGGAAGAACGCGUGGUGGUCGCCCAUCCUGCUCGCCUGCCGCAACGAAGAAACCGGCACGCUUGAGGUGGUGACGAAAUGCAUCUCCGGCUUCACGGACGCGUUCUACAAGGCGAACAAGGAGAAGUAUUCCGAGGAUGGGGAGCAUGGCAAUGUGAUCGCCCGGCCGAGCUAUGUGGAGUACGCGGGGGAGCCGGAUGUGUGGUUUGAGCCGCAGGAGGUGUGGGAGAUGGCGUUUGCGGAUGUGACGUUGAGUCCGACGUAUACGGCGGCGAGGGGGUUGGUGAGUGAGGAGCGGGGGUUGAGUCUGAGGUUUCCGCGGUUUCUGAAGGUGAGGGAGGAUAAGGGGAUUGAGGAGGCGUCGACGAAUGAGUUCUUGGCUGGUCUGUACCGGAAGCAGAUGGUGAGGGUUGAGGAGGGUGGUGGUGGUGGUGGUGGGGGUGGGAUGGGGCAGGUGCAGGAGGCGGAGGAAGAGGAGGAGGAGUAG